AUGAAAGAUUGUUUGCUUUCUAGUGAUGAGCAUGUGACUUGUGCUGAAGCUUCACAAAAGGAAGCAUGGAGGAAGGCAAUGAGAGAUGAGAUGGAAGCUAUAGAUCGAAGUCAAACUUGGGAGUUAGUCACAACCCCAGCUAGUUGCAGGUCAAUUGGGCUUAAGUGGAUCUUUAAGCUAAAGAAGAAUGCUCAAGGAGAGGUUUUGGGACACAAGGCAGGACUUGUUGUGAAGGGUUACUCUCAGAAGUAA